AUGAACCUUGGCUUCCCACCACAUCGCGUAGGGCUCGGGCUGUUAUGUAUUCUCGUCUGCAUUUUUGAGACGACACAUGCCGGCAUCGCUCUUCAUGACUUAGUAGGCACAGCAAGUUACAGUCGCUCACAGACCGCACGCCGAGCUGCCUAG